ACUGAGAGCAGGCCCAAAGACCCGAACAGAAAACAAUAGAAGAGAGUAGAAAAUGAGUUGUGCAGCGUAGCAGCAAGCAGCUCACAUCCAGGAGACACUCAGGGGCAAUCAAACAGAACAGAAUCUUCUUAUCAUUUCUUCUUCAUCCAGCUGGGUCAUCUCCCAUCAUGCCUCAGGUGUCGUUUGCCCAUCCCUCACUCUGUCUUAACUUCCUCCCUCUGCUGCACCGCCUCCUCCCAUCCAACCCCCCCACCGUCCGAGACGUGGAUGUUCCGCCUCUGUUUCGGGAGCGCUUCAUCCUGACGGGGUACCGUCCCACGGGCAUGUCGUGGCGGUGUUACGCCCUCAGCCUGUUCCAGAUCCACAAUGAGACGCUGAAUGUGUGGAGCCACCUGCUGGCUGCCGCCUUUGUGGUGCUCAGGUUCAUGGUGUUCGCCAUCAUGCGAGGAGGGGGAAUCCUGGGUUUCCGACUGCAGGGUCCUGAAGGUGAAGGUUUUUCUGUGGACGCCUCCUCUCUACCUCUGGUCCUCUAUGUUCUUUCUGCCGUCACAUACCUCAGCUGCAGUGCUGCAGCUCACCUGCUGCAGUCCCACUCAGAGCAGGCGCAUUACUCACUAUUCUUCCUGGACUAUGUGGGCGUGGCCGUCUAUCAGUAUGGCUGUGCUCUGGCUCUCUGCCUGUACAGCUCCAACACUGCCUGGAGACAAAGCAUGCUGGGACAGGUCUUCCUCCCAGCAGCUGCCCUCCUUGCGUGGCUCUCGUGCACCGCCUGCUGCUAUGCAAAACUUCGUUUCCGCCGUCCAUACCCCCUUCACAGGAAGCUGUGCCAGCUGAUCCCAAUGGGUGUGGCCUACCUACUGGACAUCAGCCCUGUUGCCCAUCGUCUUGCCACCCACAACUGGACAGGCAGCCCUGCACUACCAUUACACUUCUUGCAGGUGGUGCUGUUUAUGCUGUCCGCCUUCUUCUUCUCUUGCCCCGUUCCUGAGCGCUUCUCCCCCGGCCGCUUUGACAUCGUCGGUCACGGCCACCAGCUCUUCCACAUCUUGUUGUCACUCUGCACACUGGCCCAGCAGGAGGCGCUGUUCCACGACUUCCUAUGGCGGCAGCCGGCGAUGGUCAGAGAGUUUGGAGAGGAGCGUCUCCUGCUGGCUUGUGCCUCCUUUCCCUGCCUGACGUUGUGUUGCGCCUUGACAGCCCUCGCCAUGAGGAGGCAGGCUCAGGCACAGCUGAUGAAAGAGCAACGAUAGAAGAGGAAAAAGAAGAAGAAGAGACUUCCUGUACACAAACUGAGGGACUGACUCUGCAGUGGAAGGAUUUCUUUACUUUUGUUGGUUUGGUUUGUUUGUUAGCAUCAGAUCAUAGUGAUGCCGACCAUCAUAUUCCUGCACCCAACUUGAGGAUUUUCUGGUUUCUCUUUUUUACAUUUUACUAAACAACGACUAAAAUCAAGUGACCAUUUAACAUUAAAAUGGGACCAGUUUUUAAUUUCUGUUUGCAUAUUCAAUAACACAAUAUCGUCUAUAGUUUGUAUGUUUAUCUGUUAGCUGAACACUGUUGCCUCACUGAGCUCCAGGUUGGUGCUACCAUAGAUUUCUUAAAGUGACUGCAUUGAUUGAAAAUGAAUCUAAAACCUAUACUUAAUAAGAUAAGAUAACCUUUAUUAGUCCCACACGUAGGAAGUUUGUUUUGUUACAGCAGAAAGUGGACAGUGCAAAGUUAUAUAGCAAAAAUUAGAAAACGCUGGAAUAGAAUAAGAAUAAGAUACUAUAUACAAUAGAAUAAAAUAAUAAGAUACUAAGAUAACCGUUCACUGUUCUUCCUUUAACAACAGUCUGUAAGCAUUUGGGAACCAAGGGUUUGCAUUUCUGUAGUUUAGUUGUAGUUUUUGCCAAAGGAUUCCCAUUCUUGCUUGUUUUAGGACUUGAGCCACAUGUUUUUAGUGGUUGAUGGUCUGGAGUACUUUCAGUUUAGCAGGCAGAUUUUUGUUUUCCUGCGGAGCCGUGCAGUUUGUGUCGGCGUACAGGACGGUUUCUGUAGUACCUCUAAAAUUUACAGCCUGUCGAUUUGUAUGAACAAUCAUUGUCUGGAGUGUAAUCAGAUUCCUGCCCCCAUACUGCUUCGGUCUGCAUCUGGGUGUCCAGACAUGUUCAUCACGCUCAAAUUUACGUUUUCUGAUUAAGGGCAAGGAACAAUGUUGAUUUCUAUUGCAAUAUAUCUGUUAUUAAAAACCAACUUACCAACA